AAUUCAGGCUCGGGAGCCCCGCCCACACGCCCGGCGCGCCCGGAAGGCCCACCCCCUCGCCGAGGUUUAGCGAGGUAGGCCGCGAUUGGAGGUUCAGACGUUGACGAAGCUUUUCGCUUUGGGUGGCCUCUCCGCUCGGGCGGCUGUUGAGAGGGGCUCGGGGAACACUUAGCGGGGCUCCACGGUCCUUGAGCGCUCGGAAGUGCGAUGAGGUCGGUUAGCUACGUACAGCGCGUAGCCCUAGAGUUCAGCGGGAGCCUCUUCCCACACGCCAUCUGCCUCGGAGACGUUGACAACGACACGUUAAAUGAACUGGUGGUGGGGGACACCAGCGGAAAGCUGUCAGUGUAUAAGAAUGACGACAGCCGGCCAUGGCUCACCUGCUCCUGCCAGGGAAUGCUCACUUGCGUUGGGGUUGGGGACGUAUGUAAUAAAGGAAAGAACCUAGUGGUGGCCGUGAGUGCUGAGGGCUGGUUUCACUUGUGUGACCUGACGCCUGCCAAGUCCCUGGAUGGUUCCGGGCACCACGAGACCCUUGGUGGGGAGGAGCAGCGCCCAGUCUUCAAGCAGCACAUCCCUGCCAACACCAAGGUCAUGCUGAUCAGCGACAUCGAUGGCGAUGGCCGUUGCGAGCUGGUGGUGGGCUACACAGACCGUGUGGUCCGGGCUUUCCGCUGGGAAGACCUGGGCGACGGCGCCGAGCACCCAGCGGGGCAGCUGGUGUCGCUCAAGAAGUGGAUGCUGGAGGGUCAGGUGGACAGUCUCUCGGUGACACCUGGGCCCCUGGGUGUUCCCGAACUGAUGGUGUCUCAGCCAGGCUGUGCUUAUGCGAUUCUGCUGUGUACCUGGAACAAGGACCCAGGGGCGCCCCCCACCUCUGAGGGACCCAUGGAGGGCACUCGGGAGACCCCGGCCGCCCGGGACGUCGUGUUGCACCAGACCUCUGGCCGCAUCCACAACAAGAAUGUCUCCACUCACCUCAUCGGCAACAUCAAGCGAGGCCACAGCCCCGACAGUGGUGCCUCUGGUCUCUUUGCCCUCUGCACCCUUGAUGGGACCCUGAAGCUCAUGGAGGAGGCGGACAGGCUGCUGUGGUCGGUGCAGGUGGACCACCAGCUCUUCGCCCUCGAGAAACUGGACGUCACGGGUAACGGGCAUGAGGAGGUGGUCGCCUGCGCCUGGGAUGGCCAGACGUACAUCAUCGAUCACAACCGCACCGUCGUCCGCUUCCAGGUGGACGAGAACAUCCGCGCCUUCUGUGCAGGCCUGUAUGCCUGCAAAGACAGCCGCAACAGCCCCUGCCUCGUGUACGUCACGUUCAACCAGAAGAUCUACGUGUACUGGGAGGUGCAAUUGGAGCGGAUGGAGUCCACCAACCUGCUCAAAGUGCUGGAGGCCCAGCCGGAGUUCCGGGAGCUGCUGGGAGAGCUGGGCGUGGAUCCCGAUGAGCUGCCUGCCGCCCGCGCCCUGCUUCACCAAACCCUCUACCAUCCAGACCAGCCUCUACAGUGUGCCCCUGCGGGCCCCCAGGACCCCACCUAGCUGGACCGGCUUCCUGGCAGAACAAGGAGCCUUCUGAACCUGCCCGCCCCCACCCCCCCACUAGCUGUCUGGCAUCUGGAAGACAGGAAGUGCACAUUACAGGGGAAGGAUGGCGCCCCCCUUGGGUGCUGGGGACUGUAGACCUCCUGGUCGUCUUGGUGAAGGAAGAGACAAGCUGCCUGCCCCUCUGCCCAUUUCCUUCAGCAGGCACUGCCCCUCACCCAUCCCGUCAGCAGGCACUGCCCCUCCCCAGAGCCCCCCACUCCUGUUGUUUGUGAGGAGUGGCUACACACACAGGGCCCCCUACUCGGGGGGCCCCAACUUGUAAGGAGACCAGGCUUCGGGGCCAGAAGAGUGAAGGCAGUGAGGGCCCAGCCCCCCGCAAGUUCCGUCUCCUGCAGCUCCAGGCGACUAACCUUAGUGACUGUGACAGGAAUGGCGAACCACAGAUCUUUCACCGUGAUGGGGUUACGCCCUCAUUAACCCAUUGUAGGUUGAAAAUACCGUUAAGUGGAAAAUGCAUUUCCCACACCCCACCUGCUGAACAUCACAGCUUAGCCUUGUCCAUGUUAACUGUGCUCCAAGCACUUAUAUCAGCCUGCAGUUGGACACGAUCACCUGACACAAGCCUCUUUUAUAAUAAAGUGUCAUUAUAAAAGUGUUAGAAUAAA